AUGACUACUUCCACGGAUAAGAGUACCGAGGAUUCUUGCCUUGCUCCCAAGGUAAUGAUUGCCACUCGUCUGCACUUGGGAAAGGCCACUUCACCUCCCACCGCCGAGAAAUUGGCUAGUCUGGUGACAAGCUUUGGUCAAAUGGCAGAAGCCGUGGAGAACUCCAUUCCAGUGAUUGCAGUGGACAGCACUUCUAAAAUUGAGGGCUACGAUUAUCCAACGGCUAUUCGUCAGGCACUUGCCACAACAGCAGGUACUAGCAAGAUUCAAAUUCUUCCUGUCACCCCCUGGGGCAAGUUUACGCCCGCGUUGAAUGCCUUGGUGACCUAUGCGGUCGAGGUCGAUUGCGGAUUGAUCAUGUUUUGCUCAGCUGAAAUCAAGGCCCCCAAAGAGGCUAUUGAAAAAUUGUGUCGACAUGUGGACAUAGAUACACUCGUGGCGGGAGCCGCUCUGCCUGGACACCUGUACUCACCCGGUACACAAGACUUGAGUGGAAGAACCUGUCCCUGGAAUACAUUAGCGGUAUGGGACGUCAAAAAGCUUUCUCUAACAGGCUUUCAAUUGUGUUCGGAUCUGGGAGCUACCGCGGGGGUCGAGGAAUGCGCUGUGGUCGGUCUUUUGCAAAAGUUGUUCGUCGUUCCUGCCACCACGAUGAUGGCCAAACUAGUAAAGCUAGACGAAAUCCAAUGGGAACAAGAAUUUGAGGACGAAGAGCGACGCAAAUGGCACGAGUAUAAAAUGAAGUCCAAAUUGGAUCGGGCGCAAGCACAAAUGGAACAACUGAAUUUGGCCUCGAGUGGUGGGAAGGUGUUGCAUUGCUAA